GCAGACACACGCGCACACAGAUCCGGUCUCCUUUCGAUUUCGUUUCCCGGAAGAAUCCUUAAUAUUAUACGCACACCCUUUACACUAGAAGACAGUACCAGCACUGUGUCUUAAAAUUGUCGUUCGUGUGUCCACGGAAGAAGCACAAUAAUUAAUCCUGUCGGAUUUUGGACAGACUUUGCUUCCCGGACUCAAUAAUAAAGAGAGAGAGAGUGAAGGAGAGAGCGAUCGACAGAGAAACAAACUUAUUGCAGGUAGAAGACAUGAAUGACGAGGCUUCACCUCCACCUUUGAUCAAGCAGGAAAGAGGUGAGACUGUCAGCCCUCCAGUGUUACUGCCAUCACCCCGUGUCCCCACACAUCCUUUAAUCCAGGUCUACUGCAACCCUCAGGAGGAGCUCUGCAAACUGCCAGGUCGUCUCAGGAUUAACCCAUCACUUUGGGGCAAGGAUGAUGUAAGUCACUGGCUGCGUUGGGCAGAGAAGGAAUAUUCACUGAGGAGGACCGAUCAGGCAAAGUUUGAAAUGAAUGGCAAGGCUCUAUGCCUGCUCACAAAAGAAGACUUCCGACUCCGCUGCCCCAGCUCAGGUGAUGUCCUCUAUGAACUCCUGCAGCAUGUCAUACUCCAGAGGAGGGCCAUGGUGUGCAAGUCACUAAUGAACCUGUCAACGCCUCCGAAUUGCCCAGUCAUGGAGGGUUCUCAAAAUCCUGUGCCAUCCAGUCCAUCUUUUAAAGACCUGGCCAAUGGCUCUGCGGGAUCUCAAUCUGCCACCAUGCCCUUGAAGCUUAUGCAGCUUUCUAGUCCUGGAGUUGAACACUACCCUGACUCCAAAGACAGGAAUCCCGCUUUAAUGGUCUUUCCUGGACCACAGAUGACCAUUGAAAUCCCACGCCUCCAUGCUCAGUCUUUAUCUGAUGGCCAGUUCUGCUUUACUUCUCCCCGGACACAGCCAGUGAUCAGUCCAUCCAAUCAAAAUAAGCAACCUUCUCCUAACAUAAUGAAUAACAAGGAGGAGCCUUUAAAUCUUUCACACAAAGGAGAUCUUCCAGGCACAAUUCUGGGACCUUCUGCUGCUCCAGCCAAUGGCAAGAUUGCAGACUGUCGACUUUUGUGGGACUACGUAUACCAGCUCCUUUCAGACAACCGCUACGAGAGCUUCAUCCGCUGGGAGGACCAGGAAGCUAAAGUCUUUCGAGUGGUGGAUCCCAAUGGACUGGCAAGGCUGUGGGGCAAUCACAAAAAUCGAGCAAAUAUGACCUAUGAGAAGAUGUCACGUGCUCUGCGGCAUUACUAUAAACUGAAUAUAAUCAAGAAAGAGCCUGGGCAGAAGCUGCUUUUUAGGUUUCUAAAGACACCAGAUGAGAUCCUACAAAAUCGACCUGACCGGCUAGAGCAGGAUGAGACUACUGGAUGUGAAUCUCCAGACUACAAGGAUGACAUUCUGGAGAUUUCGCCCUGAAAAUAAGUACCUCAUGGGUACCAAGCCACAUGUCACCUUAAUGAAAAAUUCCUAUUUUGCACUAUAAAAUGAGCCUUGCAAUAACAUAAAAUUGCAAUUUCCUUAUUGUAAAUGCAUCAAAAUCUAGUUUUAUGUUAGCCUUUGUUGUUUCCUAUCUGCCCUCUCACUGUAAGGUACUCAAUUUUCUUGUACAGGUGAUAUAGAUUUUUUUAAAAAGACCAUUGGACCACUGUCUACUAUAGUUGAACUAUUUAAUAUAUUUAAGUGAUUUCUCUUUUCAGCAUUCUGUCAUUUAACUUCAGCAUCCCUUCCACUGUGUAGAUUGGAAUGGGACAUCUGUGACCUUACAAAUAGCCCAUAAGAUGAAAGAAACUGGAGAGAAUGAUCAAUGAGUGUGUUUACAUGCACACACAAAGCCAGAAUAGGGAAGUGAAUAACCCAGUUAAGUCAGAAAACUGGUUUCUUAAAUACUCCAGUUUAUAUGCUCAAAGUCCCCUUAUGGAGUUUUCCUUUGGCAAGAUGCUUGGAUGCCAAGAAACUAUGCAAAAGAGUUAAAUUCCACUUUGACAGGUGUGAAUCCGAAAACAAGCAUGGAGCCUGUGUCUCCUAAGCAGUGUGGGGAACAUUACUUGAAAAAGUAGCUUAGUUACGUUACUCAUUACUUACAAAAGAAAGUAAUUAAAUAUGUUAUAUAGUUAGUUUUUAUACAGUGUGUUACUUUUCCUUCUUUGGUAUGAAAAACUACACAUGUGACUGGCCAGCAUUUGUUAUUAAAUCUAAAACCCAUAUAUGAACUUACAUGAAACUGACCAGAAAAACAACCAAAUGCAAUAAUUUUCUUGUGUUUUGUAGACGCAUUUAGUUCUUCAUGUGAUGUGAAGUACAUCACAUUCAUCCCCUUUUUUACAACCCUAACCUGGGCCACUGAUAAUUUACUGUAUGAAAACUGGCUGAUAUGCCACAUUUUCAACAUGUCUAUAGCAAAAUGGCUGAACGAAACCUAAGCCGACACUUUAUUGAUGUCAAUAUGUUACCAGAUUGCAUGCAGCACACUUUUUUUUUUUGCUUAACUGCGUGAUUAAAUCCUGCAAAGGAGCGGCACACCAGUACAUUUGCUUCCUGCCUUAUACCCAGUGCUGAUGGGAUAAUAAUAACACAACUGUUUUUAUUUCAAUAAAAUAAUUAUUGUCUUAGAUUACUUGUUAUCUUUAAAUGUAAUUGAGCCAUGUAAGGCACGUUACUUCUAAUAUGUUAAAAUAGGAGACAUGAUUGUUUAUGAAGGGAUUUAGUACAGUGGAUCAAAACUAUUAUAUUAAAACUAGCUGUGUAAGCUCGUGCUGUAAAAAGCCUGAGGUCCUAGAAACUAUUGAAAUCAUUAGAAAAAAAAUGAAAUGUAGAGAUGUCAGGUAAUUGAAAGGAACUACUCUGGGCAUCUCUCUCCUAAGAGGAUUCGUUUUGCCGAUGUGCUCGCAUCGCUUGUGCGUUAGCAGCUAAGCAACUUUGUCUUUCUUCAGAGGUUUCAUUUUUCCAGACGUUCUCGCCCCCCUUGUGUAUUAGCGGCAGGAGGAAAAGUAAAAGGGAUACCAUUUUGCCGAUGUUAGCGGCUAAGCGACUUUGUCUUUCUUCUGAGGUUUCGUUUAGCCGAUGUGCUUGCCUCGCUUGUGUUAUUAGCGGCUAAGCGAGUGUUCUGUUUCCUCGGAGGCUGAGCCUUUACCUCGACUCCACAUCUCACUUCUGGGCCGGACAGACAUACACAUUUCCACGCGUAGACAUUUAUAUAUAAGAUAAGUUCAUGAAGAACAUAGAGACACAGUUGGAAACAUGUUAGAAGUAAACCAUAGUAAACCAUAAGUAACCAAGUAGUGUGGUAGACAGUAAGACUUUAGAGACUUUCAAACCUCAACUUGAUGUGAUUUUAGAAGAAUUAUGUGGGCAGGACUGUCAAGCUUUGUUGGGCCGAGUGGCCUGUUCUUGUCUAGAUGGAUGUACUGCUGAUCUUAGCACGAACGUUUAGCUCAGCAAUAUACAUUUAGAGAUUUUUGAAAUAACAAGACAGAUCAUUUCAAUAAAGAGAAUGAAUAAUGAGAUCACCUGAGCAUUUGCCUCGGGAAAUUUGAAACGCUUCCACCAUUUUCUGCCUGUGGCUGCUGGAAGUGUGUGUGAAGCUAACACCACGCACAGGUUAACAGACUGCAAUGGACAUGUUCAGACCACAAAAUCUGUUAUUGUACAAGGCCAAAAUGUUCAUGAAACAAAUUUACAUCUGUCAACCAGGUUUCUCAGAGACCAACAACCUGGUUUCUGUAACCAGAGUAAAGAUUUACAUAGCAUUUUCUGAAACCAGGUUUCUGUGAAUAACCGGUUUAUUAAAGCACAUGCAAACACACUAAAUGUUCCUCAGAAAGGAAGAAACGGAACUGAAUACAUAGAUCAGAACUCAUACUUUUGUAAAUACAGAAAGGAUUUAAAGUAGAGUAGCUCAGCUGAGUAUUGCAAUGACAUUUUUUUUUAAUCACAACCAUGCAUUGUAAAAAAAAUUUUCAGUAAUUGUAAAUAAUUUCAAAACCCUUUUAAUUAACAGAGUACUUCUCUUUUGUCACACAUGUGUAUGAAUCACUUUAAAACUGUUUUUAACUCUGUAUUUCAAAGCUCUUUAUUAACACUGUUCAUAACACUUUGCACAGAUAGCUUUUUUCCACUAUUAAAGGGAACACCAUA